AUGGGUGAAAGUAAUCAUGUCCACGAUGCUUUUCAAGUGCCCUUUGCACAAAGACCCGUCGUGAUUCUCGGGGCAGGAAUUAUCGGAUGUGCGACAGCCCGUCAACUAUUACAGCAUGGCUUCUCCGUUGUCCUCGUCGCUGAGUUCCUUCCCGGAGAUCAGGACAUCUACUAUGCAUCCGCCUGGGCGGGUGCCGCGUGGCAUGCCGCAGGCGGCAUUACUGCAGACCAGCGUUAUUACCAGGCCGUAACACAUCGUGUGAUGCACAAGAUGGCCCAGAACCCGGAAUCAGGAGUCAGUGUGGUUAAUGCCCGUGAGUAUUUAGAGCAGGAACCCGCAUCAGACUCUGCCAUCUGGGGAAGAACGGUAGUAUCCAAGUUCCGUGAACUGGACCCGAAGGAUUAUCCCUCAAACUUCAACUGUGGCUGGGCAUACGAGACUCUCGUCACCGAUCCUACGCGGCACAUGCCAUAUCUGAGAAACCAAAUUCUAGCCCUUGGAGGCAAGUUCAUUCGCCAGCAUGUCGAAUCUCUACAUGAACUCUACGAGAUGUUCCCCGUCUCUCGCUUGUUCAUCAACGCCAGCGGCUUGGGUAGCAAGACUCUUGCGGACGUGAAGGACGACUGCUGCUUCCCCGAACGAGGACAAAAUGUUUUUCUUCGUACGGACAAUUGCAAAACUCUUUAUUUCCGGAACGGCAAGGAGUACACCUAUGUGAUACCUCGACCCCUUUCCCACGGUGUUGUGCUCGGGGGCGUCAAGGAACAAGACAAUCUUUCUCCAGAGGUAAAUAUGGACAUCGCCCGUGACGAGAUUGCGCGGGCCCAUCGACUCGCGCCCGACAUCGUCCCUGAACACCCUGCGGACGACGCUGUGAGCCAUAUUAUUGGAAUCCGACCAUCACGGCGAGGAGGAUUCCGGCUAGACUCGGAACAGAAGGACCACCGCACCAUUCUGUCGGCCUAUGGAUUUGGCGGAGGUGGAUAUGCGUUUUCGUACGGGAUUGCAGACGCGCUGGUGAAGAUGGUGGAGCAGGCGGAGCGCAAGAAUGUCAUCAUUUAA